GGACACGCCCAGUUGCUUGUCUCUCGCUGGUGCCAGACUCGCUCUAUUUUUUCCCGCCAUUUCCAGCUCUUCUUGAGAGCUGGUUGAUUUCGGUGAGAUCCGAGGCCUUCCUGGAUCACUGCGGUCAAACAGAAUGGAUUGGUUUCACUGCAACCGAUGUUUCCGAAAAGAUGGGGCCCAUUUCUUUGUCACCAACUGUGGCCAUAUUUUCUGUAAAAAAUGUGUGAUUCUGGAAAAAUGUGCUGUUUGUGGAACUGCCUGCAAGUAUCUGGCUCUUUCUGAUAAUCUGAAACCUCAGGAGAAGAUGUACUUCAAAAACCCUGUGGAGACAGCUUUGCAGUAUUUCAGUCACAUCUCUCAGGUGUGGAGUUUCCAGAAGAAACAAACAGAUCUCCUCAUCGCCUUUUAUAAGCAUAGAAUUACAAAGUUAGAAGCAGCCAUGCAGGAGUCACAGGAAACACUGACCAACCAGGACAAAGAGCUGUCAGUCUUAAGGAAAGAGAAUGGAGAACUGAAGAAAUUUCUAGCCAUCGUGAAGGAAUCUCCAAGUUGGUACCAAGGAAGCAGGUUAAACACACCUCGGCCAGUGGGCAUCACUUCUCCAUCUCAGUCAGUUACUCCAAGACCCAUUUCUCAGCAUAGUAGCCAAGUGGUCAGUCGGUCCUCCUCAGUGGAGUCUACCCCUUAUAGAAUGGCUGGCUUUAGUAACUUGGGACAAGGAGCCAGAGGUCUUCAGGGAAGGAGCACUCCCAGGGAUUCUUUUACUGAAACCCCUUCACCAGCUUCUACUCACAGCCUAUCUUAUAGAGCUUCAUCUGUCUCCUCUGGACAGGGGGUCUUUUCUUUCAGACCAUCUCUAAAUGGUGGGGAUUCAGGUCACACAAGAGUCUUCACCCCUAAUAAUUCAGGUCAGAGGCAGAACAGAACCACACCGGAGAGCCUUCCUGGUUUCCAGCUACCACUCCUACAGAGGCAGAUGGGAUUAGCCAGAGGGAGAGAAGCAUGGAACACUCCCAGAUAGACCACCUUCAAGGUCUCACCUAUGCAUACUGCUGAAGGAUGGACAGAGGCAUCUCAUACUCACUUAGGUGUGAUGCCCUUGGAAAA